AUGGAGCCGGAGCCGGGGCGGGAGCGGUUGGUUCGGAAGGUGGUGCUGCUGCAGGCCUGCGUCCGGGGUUUCCUGGUCCGACGCCGGUUCCAGGGUCUGCGAGCAGAGUAUGAGGCUGUUGUGCAUGAGAUCGAGGGUGACCUGGGCACACUGCAGUGGACUGAAGGCCGGAUUCCCAGGCCCCAGUUUCUCCCACAGAAGGCAAAACCCCAUCGGAACUGGAAAGUUGGACAGAGGGUACCAAAGUCAGAGCAGGAACUGUGGAGUUCCUUCCCAUGUAAGGAGCCUGAGAGAGAGGAGAUGAUGCUGAAGAAGUCAGGAGAGAGCUCAGCAAACUCAGAAAGUCUUCACUGCAGAGAUGAGAGCUCCUGGCUUCAGGAUCAGCAAAGCAGGAAAACCAGGAAACCUGGCCAAGAGGAGACUGAAGCUGUGCCAAGGACGGGGACCCCAGAGGCUACAGGUCCAGGACUGCCCCACAGUCCAACAGACCUCCAGGAGCUCCAGUACCUUCGCAGCCACUUGGCCAUGGAGCUGCUGUGGAUACAGCAGGCCAUCAAUAGCCGAAAGGAGUACCUAGUUCUCAAACAAACCCUGGGAUCCCCGGAGGCAAGGUUAGACCAUGGAGGACAGAGCUGUGAGAAAGCUGGGUCACAGCCAGGCCCCCCUCUGGAAGACCAGGACUGCAGAGACAGGAUACCUGGAAAGCAAGAGCAUGCAGACGACUCUUGCUGGAGGCUCAGACCACAACCUCACAAAACCCCAGAAAGACUGGCCACUACAGAUGAAACCGCUGCUGGGGCCAAAUACAGGGACCCAGACAGCAGGAGGGCUGGACCACAGCCUCCCACACCAGCAGAUAAGCAAGCCACAGAGAACUGGCUCCCCAAGGAGCCACAUCGUGAGGAACAGACCGUUGGGGGGACCUGCCUACAGCUGACGAAACUAGAGGACCAGACUCCCAAAGGCCUCAAAUCUAAGGGUCACACUUCUGGAAAGGCCCGGACACAGCUGUCCACACACCGCGUGGACCCAGAUAUUGAAGAUAAGUCUCCCAAAAGGUCGGACCACAAAGAGCCUACUUGCCAAAGAGCUAGGCCACGAGAGUUGGGCCUCUCAGAGGACCGGGUCACCUGGGGUGGGACUUCGGCAGAACGUGGUAGCCUGGAUCUCUGGAGGACUAAACCACCCAGGGCCAGACCCCCAGGAAUAAAAGCUCCAGAGGUAGAGAUUCCAAUGAGCCUAGCUCUGGAGGAUGGAAAAGCCAGAGGACUGCACCUUAGAGAUCAAGGCCACUAG